AUGCCGAAACCAGUAAGUAAUCUAUUUCUUGUACUUGAUUGGCUUUCAGCUCAUUGUGUUGUCUGCUACUUGUAGCAGAUGUUUUUGUAAGGUAAUAAUCAGUGGUAUUUUUCUAGAAAAAGAGGUGUUGGAACUCACAAUGAACGCCGCCCUUGUUCUAUUAUACAGUGGUACCUCUGGUUGCAAACGGGAUUCAUUCCGGAGGUCCGUUCAUAAUGUGAAAAGCCCGCAGCCUGAAGUGCCGUAUCUGCGCAGGUGCAUGGCUUGAUUUGGUGCUUGCGCGAAGCGCAAUUUAGCGCUACUGCACAUGCGCGAGUGGCGAAACCCGGAAGUAACCCUUUCUGGUACUUCCGGGUCGCCGCAGGACGCAACCUGAAAAAACGUAUUAUGAAGCAAACGUAACAUGAGGUAUGACUGUAAUGGCAAUGGCACCCACCUGAGAAGUGCCAGAGCUGAGCUCCAGUUCCAGGUGAAAAAAAGCCCUGCUAAUAAUUACUAUUAAUUACUGCUGCUGCUAUCUUUUCUCUCAGUUGAUAUAUAGAAACAUCAUAGGAGACUUCCAAAGGGAGGCAGUAAUCAUAGAAUUGUAGAAUUGGAAGGUACCCUGAAGGUAUCCAGUCCAACCUGUUACAAUGCAGGAAUCUCAGCUAGAUCAUACAUGACAGAUGGCUGCCCAACCUCCGCUUAAAAAGCUCCAUGGAAGGAGAGUCCACUACCUCUUGUGGGAAUCUGUUCCAUGGUCGAACAGCUCUUACUGUCAGAAAGUUCUUCCUGAUGUUUAGUCGGAAUCUCCUUUCUUUUGAAACUUGAAUCCAUUGGUUCAGGUCCUAGCUUCUGCAGCAGGAGAAAACUAGCUUGCUCCAUCUUCCAUGUGACAACCCUAUAGAUAUACGAGAAGAGCUAUCAUAGCUCCUCUCAGUCUCCUCUUUACCAUGCUAAACAUGCAGUCACAAACCAGAUGACUAUGGGAAGCCUGCGAGAAGACACUGAACUUAAUGAUGCAUGGAUCUGUGUAUGUUUCGUUUGGUUUUCUAAAUGAUUAGCUCUUGGUCAAGAUUUGUAUAUGUGUGAGAGGGAAAAUUAUUAUUUCUUGAGACACAAUUUUCCGUAGCUAUGGGGUGGUGGUCAAUUAAAUCUUACUUAGGUCCAUUAAUUUCAAUAGGUAUACAGUACUAAGUAAGUCACACUCAUUUACUUUAAUAUGUCUGCCCCGUGUAAAACUUAUUUUAAUACCACACUAUGUAAUCUGAUGAAAAACUACUUGGUAUUUUGCAACUACUUCCUAUGAGUGCUGCUUCUAGGCAUUGUUUCUGAUACCUAUUUUUUGUUUCUACGUUUGCUUACGUGCAAGUCUGGUUUGAUAAUAUUCUUCCAUGCCUAUGGCCUUGAAUAACCCAUUCUGACUGCAGCUUCAUUUUCUAUAUAUUUAAAAGGCAGUUGAACAAUAUUAUUGUCUGGGUGCCAUAAAGGCACUUUUGUUCUAAUCUGUAGCUAUAAAGGAGUCUUGCUGUUGUGUAGAGUACAGUCUUGUUUUGUUUUCCUUAUUUAAGUGUAUAUCCGAAUAUAGUGAGCUAGUUUAGAAAGACUUGUAUUCAACCCGAUGAACUGUAGUGAUGAUGCAUGGAUCUCUGAUGAAGAUUGCUGCAGAAAAUGCGUAGCUUAGAGAGUAACACUAGUAGCACUGCCAGAGUGCAAUGAAGUGUGCAGCUUUCAUGAGUAUGGUGGGUUGUAACAGCUGCACAUUUGAUAAUCUUUUACAGUUUGUGUGUGCCUGCAUAAGAUACAAUCUUUUCCUGAUCUGCUUUCCUACCUAGCAUCAUUUAGACCUGGGGUGGGGAAUCUCUUUUGGCCUGAGCGCUGUAUUCCCUUGUGGUCAACCAUUCAGGGAGGGGGCCCAUGCCAGUGGUAGGUGGGACAAGAAGCAAGAGCAGGUUAACUUUGUACUGUAGGCAGUGGUGAUUGGUAACGUUCUGACUUGGUAGGGCUGUAAUUUUUAACCUUGCUGUUUUCAUCACAAUGAUUUUCAGACAAGAGUAACUCCAUGCCUCUUGUUUAAAAAUUAAGCCAUACCACAUAACAUCAGUUUUUUGAUUCAUGUAUUGAUUACACCUACACAUCCAUUGUAAAAAACAAUAACACCUAAACACACAAAUAUGUUAAAAAUGUGAGGAGCACUUGCUUUCAGUUGCAUUCCUCCCAGACAAUUUAAGUUUUUAUAAUCUAAAACAAUUUUUCUCUAGAUUAAAAUAACACCUCUAAAUUAAAAGAUCAAAGUAUUAAAUUAAUAGACAAAAAUGAUGUGUUUCAUUUGAGCCAGUGUACAUAAGAAUGUACCCUGUAAUGCAUGGUUCAGUUUCGAAAAUGUGAAGUAACUCUGUUCAAGUGCUGAGUACAUCACACCAGAAUAAUCAUAAUCAGCCUCUUAUAUCUGACAUUAGGGAGAAUAUCUUCCAGGUUUAGGAAAUGAAGUGAAGUCAUUGUGAUAUCCAGAGAGGCAUAGAGCCCAAAUUUCAUUUUAGAAAUACAGUGGUACCUCGGGUUACAUACGCUUUAGGUUACAUAUGUUUCUGGUUACAGACUCUGCUAACCCAGAAAUAGUACCUCGGGUUAAGAACUUUGCUUCAGGAUGAGAACAGAAAUCGUGCUCCGGCGGCGCGGCAGCAGCAGGAGUCCCCAUUAGCUAAAGUGGUGCUUCAGGUUAAGGACAGUUUCAGGUUAAGAAUGGAUCUCCGGAACGAAUUAAGUACUUAACUCGAGGUACCACUGUACACUGACAAACCCACAAAAAGCAAGCAAGAAAUAAUAGCGGCAUUUUCUUUCAUUCUACAUUCAAACACAUUUGUAAUUAUUGACAAAUAAUGUUUCUAUUGCUAUUAAAGGAGUAUCAGGAUUGAGGCUUGAAGGGCUCAAUCUUACCUGUCACUGUAAGUUAAAUAAGUACUUCUGCAUUUUCCAAAGGCUUGUACUAUUCAGUAUAUAACUUUUCUGUACUAAUUCAAAGCAGAAUGUUCAGAAUCUAAAUGUCCUAUCACGUGUCUGCAUUUUGUGUUUUGUCUCGUAUGUUAAUCAUUUCCGUUUGAGUCUCAACCAUACACAAAAAGAAUAUUUAAAGUGCACAGUGCCUUCUGGAAUGCAUGCAUUUAAAAUGAGUGUGCAGCUUUCAUGAGUGCAAGCUUUCAGCUUGCAUGCUCCUUAAAUACAUGCUAAUUAAGUCAAACAACCCAGUUAUUAAAAUUAAAAAUCCUUUUCAGCUUUAGCAGUGCAUCUGUUUCCAAAUACUAUGUUACUUGUGCACAUCAGAUAAGUGUUUAUAUCAAAAAGCAUUGCAAUUAAUGUAAGCCAACAAUUAAAUGCAUCAGUUAAUCUAGGAUUUCUUAUGAAUCCUAAAGGCAAAAUAUCACUCUGUGAUAAAAUGAAUUGUACUAGAAAGUAAUAGUGCCAAAUAUGAAAGAUUAUUUCGUGUUACAAAUAUUAGCAUACAAGUGUUCAAGGGAGAAUCAUUGGCCUGAUUAACACAUAACUAUGGUUUAUUAAGCAAUGCGUAAGAGUUAUGUCUAGCAGUUUAACUAUGGUUUAUUAACUAUGGUUAAAGGACACUCAUUAAUCAAGGUUUGUAAUUGUGUUAUAAACCUUAGUUAAAUUUAACAGUAACUUAUUGUUAUGUUUGAAUACAUCCCACCUCUUAACUAUGGUUAAGGAGUCAUCCGCAUUCCAAAGCUACAGAGCCGCAAGUGAAGGGUGACAAAGAAUUCAAACCACUCUCAAGGUUCAGCUGCUCUUGUUGUUGCUUUUAACUUUUCUGUGACACAAUGAACCAUGGUUUAAGUGAUCAUCUGUCAGAUACCUCAGCUUUAACUAUGGUUCCUGCAGUUGUCAAUCUUUUUGUAUCAGUGGGCACAUUUUGAAUUUUGAGAGCAUGCUGUUGGCACUAGUCACAGAAUUACUGGCCCAGAGGCAUGUGAGAACACAAAAUAGCUGUCAUGGUGGGCAUGACAUAAAACAAAAUUAGAGUGUAUAGUUAUUGUGGAGUUUUCUGCUUAACUAUUUCAUGGCAGAAAGGGCUUUCCUUUUUGAAUUUCUUACUUCACUGACAGAAGGAAGCAGCCAGCCUACCUCAUUUAAUAUAAAUUACUUAUAAGGAUAUGUGCACAUUCUGUUUUGUAACCUUCUUUAUAGGAGGGCUAGAUGAUUCUUCUUCUUCUUCUUCUUCUUCUUCUUCUUCUUCUUCUUCUAAAAUGAAAGUGUCUGGGGUCCCCCUACCCAGGGUUGCCAAGGGAGAUCAACACAAGCCAUGGUGCUUGUGGGUACUGCAUUGGUGACCCUUGGUAAUAAUAAUAAUAAUAAUAAUAAUAAUAAUAAUAAUAAUAAUUUAUUAUUUAUACCCCGCCCAUCUGGCUGGGCCUCCCCAGCCACUCUGGGUGGCUUCCAUAGAAACCAAAAAUACACUAAAAUAUCACACGUUAAAAACUUUCCUGAACAGGGCUGCCUUAAGAUGUCUUCUGAAUGUCAGGUAGUUGUUUAUCGCUUUGACAUCUGCUGGAAGGGCGUUCCACAGGGCGGGCGCCACUACCGAGAAGGCCCUCUGCCUGGUUCCCUGUAGCUUUGAUUCUGCAAUGAGGGAACCGCCAGAAGGCCCUCGGCGCUGGACCUCAGCGUCCGGGCAGAACGAUGGGGGUGGAGACGCUCCUUCAGGUAUACUGGACCGAGGCCGUUUAGGGCUUUAAAGGUCAGCACCAACACUUUGAAUUGUGCUCGGAAACGUACUGGGAGCCAAUGUAGGUCUUUCAAGACCGGUGUUAUAUGGUCUCGGCGGCCGCCCCAGUCACCAGUCUAGCUGCCGCAUUCUGGAUUAGUUGUAGUUUCCGAGUCACCUUCAAAGGUAGCCCCACGUAGAGCGCAUUGCAGUAGUCCAAGCAGGAGAUAACCAGAGCAUGCACCACUCUGGCGAGACAGUCCGCAGGCAGAUAGGGUCUCAGCCUACGUACCAGAUGGAGCUGGUAAACAGCUGCCCUGGACACAGAUUUGACCUGUGCCUCCAUGGACAGCUGUGAGUCCAAAAUGACUCCCAGGCUGCGCACCUGGUCCUUCAGGGGCACAGUUACCCCAUUCAGGACCAGGGAAUCCUCCACACCUGCCCGCCUCCUGUCCCCCAAAAACAGUACUUCUGUCUUGUCAGGAUUCAACCUCAAUCUGUUAGCCGCCAUCCAUCCUCCAACCGCCUCCAGACACUCACACAGGACCUUCACCGCCUUCACUGGUUCUGAUUUAAAAGAGAGGUAGAGCUGGGUAUCAUCCGCAUACUGAUGAACGCCCAGCCCAAACCUCCUGAUGAUCUCUCCCAGCGGCUGCAUGUAAAUGUUGAAAAGCAUGGGGAGAGGACAGAACCCUGAGGCACCCCACAAGUGAGAGCCCAGGGGUCUGAACACUCAUCCCCCCCCCACCACUUUCUGAACACGGCCCAGGAGGAAGGAGCGGAACCACUGUAUGACAGUGCCCCCAGCUCCUAGCCCCUCAAGACGGUCCAGAAGGAUGUUAUGGUCGAUGGUAUCAAACGCCGCUGAGAGAUCCAGCAGAACUAGGAAACAGCUCUCACCUUUGUCCCUAGCCCGCCGGAGAUCAUCAACCAGUGCGACCAAGGCAGUUUCAGUCCCAUGAUGAGGCCUGAAUCCCGACUGGAAGGGAUCCAAAUGGUCCGCUUCUUCCAGGCGUGCCUGGAGUUGUUCAGCAACCGCUCGCUCAAUCACCUUGCCCAAGAAUGGAAGAUUUGAGACUGGGCGAUAGUUGGCCAUCGUGGCCGCAUCUAAAGAUGGUGGUUUAAGAAGCGGUUUAAUAACCGCCUCUUUCAGCGGGUCUGGGAAGGCUCCCUCACGGAGGGAAGCAUUCACCACCCCACGAAGCCCAUCGCUCAGUCCUUCCCGGCUAGCUUUUAUAAGCCAGGAUGGGCAAGGAUCCAGGAGACAGGUGGUUGGUUUCACUCGUCCAAGCAGCCUGUCCACAUCCUCGGAGGUAACAGAUUGGAAUUGAUCCCACUCAACUUGACUAGACAAAACUCUAGCACUCUCCCGCCCCGGCCCUGCUCCCACGGUGGAGUCUACUUCUUCCCGAAUCUGAGCGAUUUUAUCUGCAAAAACUUUGCAAAAUCAUUGCAGGAGAACAUGUGGCCCGUACUGGGCCCCGAUGUUGCAGGUGGUUCCGCUAAAUUGUGAACCACCUGAAAAAGUCUCCUGCUACUGUUUUCUGCAGAUGCAAUAGAGGCGGUGAAGAAAUUCUUCUUCGCCGUCGCUAUCGCCACUUGGUAGGCUCGACGUUGAGCUCUAACCUGUGUCCGGUCAGAUUCGGAAUGAGUUAUCCGCCACCGGCGCUCUAGCCGUCUCAACGAUUGUUUCAUUGCCCUCAGAUCCGUGGAAAACCACGGGGCUGUCCGGGCUCCAUGCAAUCGGAGAGGGCGCUUCGGAGCCAAACAGUCAAUAGCCCUGGUUAACUCCACAUUCCAGCGGGCCACCAGGGAAUCAGCUGAAAGGCCAUCAACAUGGGAUAAAGCAUCCCCUACCACUCUCUGGAAACCAUUUGGAUCCAUUAAGUGGCGGGGGCGGACCAUCUGAAUUGGUCCCACCUCCCUGCAGAGGGGAUGGGUCGCAGAGAAGUCCAGUUGCACCAGGAAGUGAUCUGACCAUGGCACUUCUUUCGUUUCGCUUUUACUUAGUGUCAGAUCACCAACAUCCAUAGAGGUAAACACCAGGUCCAAGGCAUGUCCGCGGCUAUGGGUUGGGCCAGACUUAUUCAGGGACAGCCCCAUGGAGGCCAUGCUUUCCACGAAGUCCCGAGCGGCCCCUUGUAAGGUUGUGUCGGCAUGGAUGUUAAAAUCCAAUUGGACGACCAAACUAGGUGUCUCCAGGAGAACAUCCACCACGACCUGAAGCAGCUUGGGCAGGGAAUCCUUGGUGCAGCGGGGAGGUCGGUACACCAAAAGGAAUCCUGUGCUGCCCCUAUUGCCCAACUUCCAGAACAUGCACUCGGAAAACUGGGUCUUCCCAAUAGGACGCCUGGUGCAAACUAAUGACUUCCUAAAAAUAACUGCAACCCUCCCUCCCCGCCCACAUGACCUGGGUUGCUGUGUGUAAGAGAAACCUGGUGGACAAGUAGCGGCAAGGACAGGCCCAUCUGCUUCAUCCAACCAAGUCUCUGUUACACAUGCCAGGUCAAGUCCUCCAUCCAUGAUCAAGUCAUGGAUGGCAGUGGUCUUGUGAAUCAUUGACCUGGCAUUGCACAGCAGCACCUUCAGGUCAUGUGGGUAUCCCUUGCUGAUUCUAGUAUCCACCCGGUUAGGACCAGACCCGGAGGCAGGAAUAGUCCUCAGACAACGACUAAACCUGCCUCCUCUGUAAUAACAUGGUCUAGUCUUGGCGUAACUCCUCCUCCUACCCGUGAUCACUGAGAUCGGUUGUCCCAGUGCAUCCCCGCCCCCCCGUGGAACAUGCCCCAGCCAUUUUGUGGGCUGGGGCCCACUCCCCGGCAGCCCUGACCCCUCCCCUUAAGAACAAAAUAACACCUUAAACAAACAAACAAACAAAACCAAUAAAACAAUACAAACACAGGGAGUCCUCCUGAACAACAGAGCAAAGCAGUCCUUGUGAGGCUUCAGGCCCCGUCCUGGGCCAGGUGGUAAGUGGCAGGAAGGAGCAGGGCCCUCAGGCACUCACGCAGGGGAGUCCUCCUGAGCAGCAGGCAGCAAGCAGCAAGCAGUCCUUUUGGUGUAUAUUAACUACAGGCGGUGACUAUUUUGAUCCAGUUGACACACGAUCUCUGACACGCGGGUCCUUUUGGACACGGAAGAGGGCAGAACGGGGGUGUAAUGGGGCAUAACACAGGCGGGGCUCAGUGGGGGGAGUGAAGUGCUAAGUGAGAUCCACAGCCAUUUGCACGGAGGCAGUUGCUCAAUUUUAGUAGGUUGCAGGUGCAGUGUACUGGGCCCAGAAAAUCCUGUUGACACCUCAUAGCUGUAAGCCCUGACUGCCAGUUUUAUUUCCACCCCCUCUGAACAUUUGCCUAAAUUUGAAUCUAUAUAUGUAUAUUAGCUUAGCACAUGAAAAGUUUUUGUCAUAGGUCUAUGCUCCAAAAGUGUUAGAAACAGCAAUGCUUCUGUAAAGAGUUCAGAAUGGGAGAGCACAGUAGGGCUUUUCUGUGCCCUACCACUGACUUUUGAAUGCAGCCUAUGGCCUUUGAUACAUACAGCAAGAGGGUUGUAGUUAAAACCAUGAAGGCUCUGAGGUAUGCACAAUAAAAGGUGUCUUUGGGUCCUGGUAGCAAUACUGCUGGGUAUUAUAAGGUCAGCAAGAAACUCCUAUGCUCCUGUCAGAAUAGAACAAAAUAUUUAUAUCCUCAUGACUGUUGUGAGACGUUCUGUUGGGAAAGACAGUCAGCUUACAAAGCUUAUGCUAGUCUGCCAAAUUAAGUAUGACAUUUCUGUGGUUGUCACUGAAGGAAACCUAUUCCAAUAACAACAACUGAGAACCAUAUUGGAGGCUGGGCUUAAAAACCCCCAACAUGUUGCCAUAGUUCAAAGAGACAAUGUACGUACAGUGCAUACAUGCACCCUGCUAGAUCAUUAGAGACAAAGGCAUCUAAUUUACAAUGGGGGCAGAACCUUGAUGCUCUUUGUACAACACAAAUGAUCUGUUUAAGGCAAGCUUCUUUGACUUCUGCUCCUAGAAAGCAAGUCAUCAUUCUCAGCUAACUCUGAGGCAAGCUAAUCCUGGAGUGCAGCAAACUUGGACUGUGCCACUUCUCUCUAGUCAUUUACCAUACCAUUAUCCUUACUAUUUUAUCUCAUUCACUGAAUUGCCAUUUUAACUAAAAUGCAUGGCUUGUGUAUUUGCCUGUUUUUCAAGGCGUAGAAUGUCCUUUUUUAAAGAUAUCUUUAAAAUCUAAGCAUCUUUUUCCAGAUACUUUCUUGGGCUGCCACCUAUCUCUUCAGAGAUUAAAAUUGGCUGUAAAUUAAUCCCUCAGAACGCAAAACAGAGAUAUUAUUCACAAUUUUUAAACUCUUCCAAGCAUAAGAUUUUGUGUUCAAUGCUUGUUGGAGUACCAGGGUUAAUAUCCAAAUGAUAUUAUGAUACAGCAAUCUAGCUUAUUGUCUACAAUGAAAGCUUCUUUCAGGCUUAAUUUUAGUGGUGGGAGGGGUGAGCAACCUGCAGGUAGCAAGGAAGCUUUCAAUGGGUACAUUUGUGCCUACAAGAGCUGAGUUAGUGACCUGUGCCACAGAGGAUGUUCAUUGCAAAUCUGAAAGAGUUGGGGCUAUCCUUUAGAAUGAGUUUGGAUAGAUCAAAUAGAUACAGUAAGUUUCCUGGUGACAAUGGAAUUUAAUUGUUGCAUAUCAGGUUGCAAUUUUUAACUCCUGGCAAAAGUCACAAAACUCUGUGUUGUUUUUAAAAAACUUUUCAUUCUUACCAGUUCUUAGUUUGGUUGUUUAACUUUUUGUUUAGUUACAUGGAAUGUGUAAGAUGUUGUGUCAGUUUAUAAUUUGGCACGGCAAUGCUGAUCAAAGCAUGAAAAUCUAUUUAGACUUAAUACCUUCUUGUUCUAUGCAGAUUAAUGUAAGAGUCACCACAAUGGAUGCAGAGCUGGAGUUUGCCAUCCAGCCCAACACAACAGGAAAACAGCUUUUUGAUCAGGUAAUCGUCUUACUAUGGGCUGAUUCAGACAUGACAUAGCAAACUGACUUACGCUUAGAAUGAAGAGGUAAAAACCUCUGACCUACGUCAUACAUACAGCUUCAUGAUUCCAAGCAGCCAUUGUUCCACUUAAACCAGCUUGCCUGUUCCAUCAUGUACAGCAUCAGUGUACUAGCACUUAUUGUACAGCUAGUCAUGGAUCCCUGGCUGAUAAUGCUGCACCUGUAGGUACUAGUGUCCUGGUUUAGACAUGGCAGGCUUUUACAAUGGGAAGUUGGGGGUCACAUUUUAACCAGCACUUGCUGUUGCUAUCUGCAACAAAAUGACUUACUGCUGUGGUCAUUCUUGCCCUUUAAGAACCAUACUGCUGUGAAGUUGGCCAGCCAUUUGCUUAUUUAGCUGUGGCAGAGCUUACUUCCACUCUUUCCCACCCUGUACUUGAGAUUCCCUUAGUCUUAGCUUAGUCUCAUAUAGACUUGGGCUUUUUCCCUUGAAGUAAGAGAUGGUAAGUCCAGGGAAUCAGGGUGUCUAGCUUUCCCUGAUAAUACAAUGAAGGGUUAAUCAUGAAACUUUAUGUUACUAGUAUUGAUGUCAUUCUUCUUUUUUAAGGUUGUAAAAACAGUUGGCCUUCGGGAAGUUUGGUUUUUUGGACUACAGUAUGUAGACAGCAAAGGAUACUCAACUUGGUUGAAGUUGAACAAAAAGGUAAUGUAUAAUUUGUUUUAUUUAAAAUAAUUCAAUUUGCAAUGAAGGAAUGGUAGGUGGUGUUUAAAAAGUAUUCUAGUUUAGAUUUCACUUUCAUUUAGAAUAAAGAUGCAUGUACGCCCUGUGAUGUUAGUUGACCAAUUUGACAUCUUCAGUUUAGAUUUAUUUUUUCUAUUUUUUCUUCAGUAGAAUAAGGAUUUUUAGUGAUUGAACUGAUGUACUCUGUGAAGGCCAUUUUAUAAGUCAAGCUAAUCAUAUCAAGAUUAGCUUGACUUGUAAAAUGGCCUUCACAGAGUACAUCAGUUCAAUCACUAAAAAUUCUUAUUCUACUGAAGAAAAAAUUUAAAGUCAGAUUCCCAUUUUCUUUUCUUUCUUUUUAUGGUGGCCAACUAUAAACUAUAAAGAAGCCCUGCUCUGAACGAUUACAUUUCUAAACUGAUUGAUCCAAUUUCUUCUGUUUAUAUGGAGAAUUUAGUUCAUACUUGAAAUCUUAAGAGGUUUCUGGAUUUGUUUCCCAUAGGGUGGUAUUAAUAUUUGUGAAGAUGCACAACAGGGAAUCAGUGUUAGAAACUGAGAUAUGAAAGCUUAGAGCUAAAUGGCGCCUGAAACCUAGGUUAUGGACACAACAACGGAAUGUCUAGGCGCACUUUUUAUAACAAGAAUACAAAGCUGAAAAUGAAUGAACUGCAGCUAAAAUAUUACAUUCAUUUUUCACAUGGUCUAGUCCUUCCUCUGCCCACCCCGCUAAUAUUCUUCAGAGGGUCUCUUCUCCAGUCUUCAGAGAGUAGCUGGAAGUGGGGAGGCAGAAAAAGAUCCUUCUUUCCUUCUACUCUGCAGUUUUAAUUUGAAAUCUUAGGUGCAGUACUGCGCCCACAGCUCAGAAACAGCUUGUGCUAAUGAAAUUCCCUGUCACAAAAUGUGCCUAGAACAAUGGGAGUUUCGAACACUGCAUGGAAUACAUUGGAAGUGGAUAAGUUAUAGAACCCGCUUUCUUUGUCUCCUGUAGAAAUGUUUUCAUUCAGAUCUUAAUCUUGCUGAGACUGACCCUGGGAAUUUAUCAGAGAGGGUCUUACAUUGGUGCAGCUUCACAUCUGCCUGGUGUGUCUCUCUGCAAUCUGGAAGAGCUAUGUUCUAAUAAGUGUGGGAUCAGUUUAAUCAAAUAUUUCUCCCCGCAGUGAGAGGAGCGGAGGGUGGAAACAGAAUUUGGACAGGGAUCUCCUGUGGGUGUGUUUGAAGCCAGGUAGAAUAACGUCUGUUCAGGUUCUCUGAGUUCUUUCUACUUUGCUCUAAGGCAAUAAUUCUAGUUGUUUUUGUCUUUCAACUCAUUAGUUCUUUUGAGGCACUUGAGAUGGGGUGCAGCAAAAAUGGUAAGAGAAGGGUUUGACAUUCUUCUCUCAUACGUUACAAAUUAUUCUAAUGCAAACAUAACUGGUUAGUGCUGACAGAAUUGCAGCCCUGUGCAGGAGCUUCUGCAGGAUUUUUUUUAUAGAGGGAGGGGCAAACUGGCUGGUUUCUUACAGAAAAUAAGAAGAAUAGCUCCAGUACAUUUUAUCACAUGCCAGGUUCAAGUUGCUCUUUUUAAAUGAAAGCAGAGAAAUGUGAGGUGAUAGCUCAUUGCGGGGGGGGGGGGCAUUCCCCCUUGCUCCCCUCUAAAGAUGAGGACUCUACUGAGAAAAACAGGAUGGGAGAAACCCCAAAGUUUGCCAUAGGUUGUUUUUUUUAAGGAAAAGUUUGAACCGAAAACCCACCGAUUGUCUUUGGGGGGGGGGGGGGCUUAGUGGAAUGGGAAAUCCUGAUGUGCUAUUUAUGAAAAAGCAGACUACUUGAAUAUAUACUGCAACUAUUAUUCCUUUUCUUGAAUUGUUACCAAACAUUAGGAUUUAAAAAAUCUUUUUGUGCAGUUCUUGAUAAACCUCUCUCUCUCUCUCACACACACACACACGGAAGCUUGCCAGAUAUCAAUUAGUGCACUUUACUUGAGAAAUCUGGUGUACAUGAUGCUCAUUAGCUCAUCAAUAUCUGGCAAUCCUGUGCAAGAGACUCUUUGCGGAUAAACUUUUAAAACCACUGCUAUGUUGUGUACAUCUUUGAAUGCAAGGUUGAUUUUCCUAAAUCAGCCUGCUGUGUAGGUCUGCAGAACUGAAUUUGUAUAAUGAAAAUUGGAGUAACACAGGGAUACAAUAAGGACUUUAAAUGGCUUUAUGUAGCCUCUGAAAGCUGUCAUGUUUUCCUAAUUCACAAUUAAUUAUUUAGAUGUCUGUGUGAAUCACAAGUCCUUCAAUGUUGUGCUUCCUAGAGUUGAAUUACAGUAUGUAACAACUGGUGACUAGAUUGCUUUCCCAAUACUCUCAUAUUCUCUUUACCCUUCUGCAAACUCCUUUUCAGGUAACACAGCAAGAUGUAAGGAAAGAAAAUCCUCUUCAGUUCAAAUUCAGGGCAAAGUUUUUUCCUGAGGAUGUGUCUGAAGAGUUGAUUCAAGAAAUAACCCAGAGACUGUUUUUUCUGCAAGUAAAAGAAGCCAUCUUAAAUGAUGAAAUCUAUUGUCCUCCUGAAACUGCUGUUCUUCUAGCUUCUUAUGCUGUUCAAGCCAAGUAUGGAGAUUACAAUAAAGAGAUACAUAAGCUAGGAUAUUUGGCCAAUGACAGACUUCUUCCCCAGCGGUAAGAAACUUAUAUGGUGCAUCAAAAGUCUGGCAAAUUCUAUGGGUACAGCGUAUAACUUUAACAUGAAAGCUUGUCUAGUGGCCUACACCAUUGGUCUUCAAUUUGGAAAUUUAAAAAUAUGCAUCUCCAUCCCAGAAACUGUGGGCAGUAUCCAACUAAAGACUUCUGCUACUGCAAGGAAUGUUGGCUGAGCAGUGGAUAUUCCCCUUCUUCUCAUCACUCUGUGUGGCCUCUAAAUAUGUUCCUGGGGUUCUUAUGACAAUCCCGAGCAGAUUUAUGGGGUGUACAGGGAGAGGAGAGAGCAGGGAAAUUCCAUUGCACAGCUGAAACUCCUCACAAUAAUGGAACUUGUUGCGCUAGUUAGAUACUACCUGAUUUUCUUAACUAGCUUGACUAGUAGCGUAAGUCAAAGUCCUGCCAAGCCACUUGUCAGAUGGGCAAGCCCCAUUCUAGCAUUCACACCUUAAGUACAGAGUUUAUGAUUUCUUUUGUUGUUGAAAUUUGUUGGCAUUUUUAAAGGAGUUGAAUACAAUUGGUGAUACACACAUUGUUCUUGUUUACUGUUGCUGUUUAUAAUUAGUUUUGUUUCAUUGUGGUCUUCAGUUUAGUAUUUUAAUUUACUUGUUUUUUAAAAGUUGUAAGCUUCCCUGCAGGCUGUGAAUACAGUGAAAGGGCAGGGUAUUGCAACACAUUCAAAUUUACUUCUUGUAAACCGCGUAGAGGUUUUACUACAAUCAAGUGGUGUAUAAAUUUUGUUAAAUAAAAAUUUAAAUCUAGAAAGGUGCCUCUGAUUGUAACUUUUGUGUAAAAAUAAAAUAAAUAGGGUACUCUUUUCAUGAUUAUUCUUUAUUUUGACAGCGUUUUGGAACAGCAUAAAUUGACAAAAGAGCAGUGGGAAGAAAGAAUACAAAACUGGCAUGAAGAACACAGAGGGAUGUUAAGGUAAGUUCCCUGGUAUAGUUAGCCCGCCUUUUUUGAAUUUAGCUUGCUUUUAAUUAAUUAAUAUAUCCUACAGACAGAACAAGUGCUGGUAACUGAAACAUAUUACUCCAAAGAGCCGUUUUAGCUUACUUCUGUACAUAACUAGCUUAAUUUUUUGCUACUUUUCCCUGCUUCUGUUUUAAAUCUAUCAUAAAAAUAUAAAUAAAAGCACAGUGGAUCCAAUCUAUUAUUUACUAAUCGGCCUUUGUUAGAGCUACGGUUCUAUCUGCAUAUACUUAGGGGUCUGUCCCAUUGAAAUUGGUGGGACAUCCAAAUUAUAAUGUAUAGAAUUGGGCUGUAAAUCCGAUUGGAAUCAAUGGAUGAAAGUGCACAGUUAACCCACUUAAGACUUAGUUUAAGGAUACAAUUGGUAAGAUUGGGUGCAGGAUCCUUACUACUUCUGCCUAUACAGUGACUAUAGAAAUUUGCAUUUUAUCUGACUUUCAAUUAUGUUCCUUUCAUUGAUCAGGGAGGAUUCUAUGAUGGAGUACCUCAAAAUUGCACAAGAUUUGGAAAUGUAUGGAGUCAACUAUUUUGAAAUAAAGAACAAAAAGGGAACUGAAUUAUGGCUCGGUGUCGAUGCUUUGGGUUUAAAUAUUUAUGAACAUGAUGAUAAGUAAGUAAUAUUAAAACUGUUUCAGUAUUCCUGAAGAACUGUUCAUGAGUCAUCCUCCUUAAUAGAGUUUGGUGUACAUUGUUUUUAAGUGCGUGCUCUUCGGAAACUGAGCUGUAGGUGUUAUUGUGGGUAGAGAAAAACCUGUUAAAUGAGUGGUCCUGCCUGUUGGACAGAGGUAGAUGAAAUUGCACACUGCCCUUUCGCCCUAUAACUUAAGUUUGCUCUUUUACUGUGGUUGUUCACAAAGUGUGUGUGACUAAGGAUUCUUUUGUGUUCGCUAAAGGUUGACUCCCAAGAUCGGCUUUCCUUGGAGUGAAAUCAGAAAUAUUUCAUUUAAUGACAAAAAGUUUGUGAUAAAACCCAUCGACAAAAAGGCCCCUGUGAGUAAAUCUUUUUAAUUCCUUUUUUGGACCUGAACUAUCAAUAUAGGACACAUCUGUAACCCCUUCCUCUCUAGCUCUUAACUGUCCAAAGAGUUUUCUUGCUUAACUAAUGUAACUUUUGCUAAUAUUUGUGUUGGAAUUUCUCACUUACAUUGUUUAAUUGUUCGCUGUAGGGUUGGAGCUAAUCCAUGCCUGGAAUUUUCUUUUCCCCACCUCCAAAGUACAUAACUUUCAAAAUCCUGUUUGAGUUUCCUCUGCCAGCCUGUUACAGUCACCAAGUUCAAAGAACCUUUUAGAGUUUUCCCCUGUUUCGUUGGGAUUUAAUCAUUCUUAAUGCUUUAGUGUCAGUUCUUUCACUGAUCACACCUAAUUCCAAGUCAUUUAUUGAUCUGUUCUGGAACAGCUAAUGACUAGUCCCAAAGAUUGCUUCAUUGGAAGUGAAAGUGUUACACUAUCUAUUUAAGAAGUUAGAAUCUCAUUAAGAAGAAGCUAAGAGUGUCCGUAUUCUUAACAAGCAUGUGUUUCUAGAACAUAAAUGGGAUUUCAAUAACUUAAUUUUUUCAUUAGGAUUUUGUGUUUUAUGCACCACGUCUGAGAAUUAAUAAGCGGAUAUUGGCACUGUGUAUGGGAAAUCAUGAGCUGUACAUGAGGAGGAGAAAGCCAGAUACAAUUGAAGUUCAACAGAUGAAGGCCCAGGCUAGGGAAGAAAAACACCAAAAACAGAUGGAGAGGUAUGAUGUUGACAACUUUGUAUGAACAGUAGUUGGAAUUCUUUUGUCAUUCAUAAUUUCAGAUGAACAAACAAAAACACUCUAGCACAUGUGACCUAGAGGCAUACUUAAGGAGGAAAAAAUAUUAAGUUCUAUUUUUGCCCUCAUGGACAGAAUUCUCUAAAAACAGAUAUUAAAUCAGUGCCAGUAGUGGAAACUGUUGUUGUCUUGGUAUCGUACUUAACACCUGUUACACAUGGAUGCACACCAGUUCUAAGCAAUGACAAAUUGGUUUCAUGUAUUAUAUAUAGAGAAAGAAAGAAAGAAAGAAAGAAAGAAAGAAAGAAAGAAAGGGUGUUUGUCAAAACCCCUGGUUUUCUUUAGCCCUGGGUAGUGUCUAGGAAAGCUCAUGCCCUUAUCCAGCUUUGUGUCACAAUUGGAUUUGUCCUCCAGCAAAGUUCACUGACAGCAGGCUGCCUGCUUAAUUGGACUCUGCUAGAGUACAGAUGCUUUGGGGAAAAACAAGCGGCAUGUACUGGCAUGUUUACCGCAGUGAUUUCAGAAGAUUUGCACUAAGUAAACUAAAUAGCAACACUGCAGCUGCUGUUAGUGAGUGCAGACAAAUAUGUAAUUGCCACUUGGACGUUACCAUGAGUUAGCUACUAUAUACUGCCAGUGUGCAAAGAGCCUUGGUAGAGGUGAGGAGCAGAUACUUAAGCGUCACAGUUUUGGGUCAGAUUGUUUGUUGUCUUUUAAAUUGUUUUGUGAAGUACCUAAUAUUGUGUUAUCCUAUGGGUUACUACCUGAUAGAUUGAAGUUUUGUAGGUACUUGAUUGUCGUGUAGAACAUAAGCACCCUGGUGGAUCAGACCAAUGACUCCUCUAGUCCAGCAUUAUGUACUCACAGUGGCCAACCAGACGCUCAUGAGAAGCCUGCAGUUUAGAAGCACCAUCUUACCCUACUUGAUGCUGAUCUUUAGCUAGAUUGUUUGCCUAUUCUGUUUCAUUCCAGCUUUCACCUUGUUUUUUUAGACACUUAGGAUACAACUUUGAGAUCAUCUGCCAGAACAAACCUUUUAUUUUUAUUUUUAUUAUUGCCGCAGGGCUUCCACCUAGCAUAUCAUGUUGUGACUUGUAUUGUGAGAAUAAAUUUGGCAUGUUUGGGUAAAUGGAUUUUGAUGGAUGCACUGUAAACUCAGAAUGAAAAUCACUUCCUCCUCUGCUAUGUUGAUGCUGGCAUUUAUUUAAUUUAGGGCACAACUAGAAAAUGAGAAAAGGAAAAGGGAAAUAGCAGAAAAAGAGAAGGAAAGAAUAGAGCGUGAAAAGGAAGAGUUGAUGGAACGGCUAAGACAAAUUGAAGAACAGACGAUGAAGGCCCAAAAAGGUGAGCAUGUUCAUCACAUCUAUUUCCUUCAGUAAAUAUUACGUUUGUGUGUCUAUUAGGUUUAUUAUGUUACAUUGCUUAUCACAUCAUGUAAGGAAGUUAGCAGCUAGCUUAACAAUACACUAAUUUAACUUGCAUCAUAUUUUAAACUUCAGGCAACUCUCAAAAUAUGUGAUUUUAUGAAACCAAAACCAUGUAUAGUCAAGACACAUUGGGUUCAGUGGCGGGUGGGAUUGCCAAAGUCUUUUUUUCCUGGAUGUCUGCCCCCCCCCCAAAAAAAAACCAUUGGCAAGCACAUAAAGCUGAAUGCAUGCAACUUAAGUGAACGUAAGUUGCAAGUUACCUGUACAUUGUUGUGUCCCUUUUUCCUUUUGUUCCUUUUUGCUUGAGUGCAAUUUAUGGACAGUGGCACACAGACCUUAUGUGUCAUUGUGAAGAGUACAAAUUUGCAGUCAAUCAAUCAAUAGACUUUAUUUGCGUAGCCGACAGGCCAUAGCAUCAAAGGACAAACACCGACAAAAAUACAUUACAAAUAUAGUUACCAUAAAAUCUUAUGACCUAUUAAAACCCUAGGUAGAAGCUGGAUUAUCAUUCAUCAAUGACCCUCUGUCCCAUGGGCGGCGGCCUUUUCUCUGGUAGAUUGUUCCAGGUCGGUUAAGUAAAUAGACCAGCUAAAUUGAAAGAUUAUAAAUAUAAAUAUAACCUCGGAGGGAUGGUCAGGACAGGGAGAAAGAUAAUAAUAACCAGAUGCAGAUAAAUUAAUAAUCUCAGUACUUAAAACUUGGCAGAGGUAAUAAAAUACUAAUAAUAAAAUAUAAUGAUAAUAAUGAUAAGAUCCUAGGCGAGGAAUCCGGGUGACGACACUCAUGUCAGGUCUAAACCUUAUUGCGGACCAUCACUUUAUAAUAAAUAGCAGCUUAGAUUUAAAAUCAAAUUCAGUUAUGUAGUGGUAAAUCAUUUAUAUUCUGCCACUAGGUGUGCAGUAAGCUUUAGUUUCAGAACUAGCUGUUGGCUCUGUCAGGAAAAACAGAUAAAGGAAAUGAAGGAAAGAAGCAUGCAAAAAAUGUAAUAGAUAUAAACCCACUUCCACAGUGAGGUGUUCUAUUUUACAGUCUGCUAGAAAAGUACAGUUAAAUUGGAUUUACUUCAGAUGUGUUUCUGCUCUUUAAGGUUAAAGUCUUUAUAUCAUUAAACAUAAUAGCUUUUGCAGGAUUUUGCAUAGAUUUCUCUAGCGCAGCCAAUGACAAAUAAAUGAUGUAGUGAAUGCACCUGGGAACCCAAAGAACUCACCCACAAAAGCCAAAUGCAUACUAUGGAUGUGCCAAAACGAUGUUGGGGAGGGGAUCAGUGUGGUGUAGUGGUUAAGAGUGGUAGUCUCGUAACCUGGGAAACCGGGUUCGCGUCUCCGCUCCUCCACAUGCAGCUGCUGGGUGACCUUGGGCCAGUCAUACUUCUUUGAAGUCUCUCAGCCCCACUCACCUCACAGAGUGUUUGUUGUGGGGGAGGAAGGGAAAGGAGAAUGUUAGCCGCUUUGAGACUCCUUAAAGGGAGUGAAAGGCGGGAUAUCAAAUCCAAACUCUUCUUCUUCUUCUUCAUCUGAGUACCUAAGGCUUAUACUUUGCACAGUGCAAGUCAGAAUACUUGGGAAGAUUACAAAAAACUUAAUUCUCCCCCAAAAAAUGUAAAUGAGAAAAACCCCAAAUAUCUUAAAGCUUUUUUCCAGAAGCAUGUGCAAAUCUAGGGCCUUUAAAAUUAGACACAGAUGCCUGAGAACGGGAAGUGUUUUUGAAAACCUUGACAGAAACAUGAGGAGCAACUUUUUUCACGCCAGACUAACUGUUCAUUUAGCCUAGUACUGUGUAUUUUGACUGAUAAUGGCACUCCAACGUCCCAGAAAGGGGGCUUAUCAUCUGCUUCAUGUAACUGGGGUUGCCUGGGAUUGACCCAGGGACCUUCUUGUGUGCAAAGCAUGUUCUCUGAGCUUUAGUCCUUACUGCUAUGGUUUGUGUGCCUACGCAGCUAUCACGGCUGCCAUGUAUUUGGGAAAAUGGCUUGCAUUUGAACUUUCUUUGGCUUUUAUACCUGAUGCUUUUAUAAUUCCUCCUGAGAAAAAUGUGAACAGUUUUGACGGUUAGUGGAUUUGUAUGAGAGCCAGUUUGUUUUGCAGUCUGGGCAGUAAAGUUUUGCUCUGUUCUCUUGAAUAUCUAUAAAAAAAAUUAAGUGAAAUGCAUCCUUUUGCAUCCUUUCACAAGACUAAGUUCCUGCCAACGCGGUCAAGUGGAGAAAACAUUGGAAUAUUCCAUUACAGUGGUACCUCCACUUGCGGGCGGGAUCCGUUCCGGAGCUCCGGUUGGGUCCCAAGGUUUCUGCAACUGGAGAUACCGCUUCUGCGCAUGCUCACGGAGUGUUGAGCGCUUCUGCGCAUGUGUGCGCAGUGAAACCUGGAAAAAUACUUCCGGGUUUGCCGGAGGUGAACGCAAGUAGAGGUACCACUAUACAAUGUAAAAUCGACAUUAGAUUAUAAUCUGAUGUGUUGGGUGGCCAUCUUACAUGUAUGUUUUAGUUGAGAUUCCUGCAUUGCAGGGGGUUGGACUAGAUUACCCCCAGGGUACCUUCCAACUUUACAAUUCGACGAUUCUAUAAUUCUGUGUAUGAGUUGCAGUGUAAAACAAGUUGGAAGACAUGUCCUAGGUUUGUUGAACUUGGCAGAAAUCAGGAUUGAACUCCCCUCUCCAUUGGUUUAUGGCUGGGGAAUUCAUUCCUGCUUGGUUACUACCUCCCCCAAACUCUGCUGCGAACUGCCUCUCAGAGCUGAUCCAUGGGGUUUAAGAUGAAGAUCUGCCCACUGGGUCAAAAAGUUUUCCCAUCCUUGUCCUAGGCAAUCUCCAUUGAAAGCAAUUGAGAACUUCUGUUCUUACUCUUAGAAAAAUAACAGAGAACUCUUUAAUAUUCAGUGUUGGAAAUAUUUAGUUUUACAGUGGUACCUCGGGUUACAUACGCUUCAGGUUACAUAUGCUUCAGGUUACAGACUCCGCUAAGCCAGAAAUAGUACCUCGGGUUAAGAACUUUGCUUCAGGAUGAGAACAGAAAUCGUGCUCCGGCGGCAUGGCGGUAGCAGGAGGCCCCAUUAGCUAAAGUGGUGCUUCAGGUUAAGAACAGUUUCAGGUUAAGAACGGACCUCCGGAACGAAUUAAGUACUUAACCCGAGGUACCAUUGUAUUGACUCGGUGUAACACAGUCUGGCUGCCUUUUAGUUAAUCUGAUCUUUUCUAAACUUCUGCAUAGAAUUGGAAGAGCAGACGAGAAGAGCCCUAGAGCUGGAUCAGGAGAGGAAGAAAGCAAAAGAGGAAGCAGAGCGCCUGGAAAAGGAUCGGAGAGCUGCAGAAGAGGCAAAAGCUGCUCUGGCGAAACAGGCUGCUGACCAAAUGAAAAAUCAGGAACAGCUGGUAAGACGUUACAUGCGCCUGAUUAUGUUAGGAUGUAUUGUUUUCAAGGAGUUUGUUAAAAUUCUGGCAUCCAAAGAGGAAACGGUAUUAAGAAAACCAUGCAGGUUCAUAAUUGCAUGAUGUCAUCUAAGUACAAAAAAGGUAGAUGCAUGUACUUUCUCUCCCCGUAUAGUGUGGGAGAGAAAGGUGUAUGUUGCAUCUUGAGUCAACAAUCCACUAGGUUGCAUCCAAACCAAAGCACACAUAACAGGGCAGGUAGAAGCUGACUUCUCUCCACUCACCAAGGUUGCCUCUCUGUUUUUGGGGAUCCCCUCAACCCCUCUUGCUAUAGCCCACCACUUUUGGCAAAGUACUCUGACCUUAGGGGAACCUCUCCGACCUGCUUGGGGGUGUGUGCUGAGGAAGUCUGUUUCCACCAACUCCAUUACAUGUCUCUGGAUCCAUUCUACCAUCUUGUUAAUAUUAAGUUCAGAUAUUCCUUAUACCACCACCAUUCAAAUGGUGGCACUAUCCUUAUGAAAAUACUUUCUCCAAAGGAUGCCCUCAUGACUCUUCCCCCCCCCCCCCCAAGUUUUGGAGUCACAUGAUAACCAGGCUCAUUUUAAAAAAAAUAUUUUUAUUAUAUUGCUAUUGGUGAAUUAACUGGUCAGUAUUAAAGGAAUAUUAAGUGGCUUUAUAGUUUGGUUAUUUUCUUAUUUGUCUAGCUAUUUUAGUUUUGAACGGUUGCUUGUUCAUUAUACGAAGCUUAUGAAAAGGUGACUAAGAUUUCUUUACAGCUUCAUCUUUAAUGCAGACCAAUACAUGAUGUUGCCUUAGGGCUAAUAACUUUUUCUUCUUACUUCCUAGGCGGCAGAACUUGCGGAAUUCACAGCUAAGAUUGCACUUUUGGAGGAGGCCAAGAAGAAGAAAGAAGAAGAAGCUUCAGAAUGGCAGCACAAAGUAAUUAUUUUUAAUGUACUAAAGCUGGGAUUUGUGAAUGGGCAAAGCAUUCUGAACUGCAUGCCAGAGCUGAGAACAAGGCAUUUCCCAGUAUCGGGUGUCAAAUUCUCUGCUGGAAAAUGCUUUUUAAAAUCUUCUGCAAGCUUACAGUACUCCUUGCCCCAAUGUGAGAUGAGAGCAAUACUUGGACUUGCAUAUGUCCUGUGCUUUCUACUUUCUCUGGCUAGAAGGCAGAUUGACUUGAUGGAAUAUAGAUUCAUCCAAACCCAGGAGGGAAACAAAUGUCUUCAUGAGCUUAUCUGUACCUACUUCUUAUGCUUUUCUGAAAUCACAUCCUAAAUAGGUAUCCUACUUUUCUCCUAGAGACAGGGAAAGCUGUUAAGAGUCUUCUGAAAAUGCUAAUCAUUUUAAUGAGCACUUGGGGUCUAGGGAUGUAUCACAGUUCCUUUGUGUUAGUUGACUGCAGCUGACUUGGUAUUCAGAAAGAUGUGUGGAGCUGCUUGAGUUGACUUCUGGUCUGCUCUGGAGACUUUCAAAGUAAUUUUAAGCAUAUAUUCUGUGGCCCGUAAACAUGUUAAAGGAAUGACAGGCUAAGUUGGUUCAAUCUCAUUGACACCAAUCUCAUUAAAGCAUAAGGCUGGGAGGCUGUGGAGCCUAAGUGUUGACUAAUCCUCAUUACUACCUUUUAGGCCUUUGCAGCCCAAGAAGAUCUGGAGAAGACCAAAGAAGAGCUGAAGACUGUGAUGUCUGCUCCUCCGCCGCCACCUCCUCCGCCUCCCCCUGUAAUUCCUCCCACGGAAAAUGAACAUGAUGAACAGGAUGAGAAUAAUGCAGAGGCCAGUGCUGAAUUGGCUUCUGAUGGCGUUGUGAAUCACAGGAGCGAGGAAGAGCGUGUAACAGAAACACAGAAGAAUGAACGUGUAAAGAAACAGCUCCAGGUAAUGAAGGAUUACAGAGGCAUAUAACAUAGGCCACAAACCAAAAAGCUCUCUGCUGGUUGAGCAUGCUUAGCCUUGCUUUGCACAGUAGUCCCCUGCAAAGCUUUUGAAAUGACUCCUAUUGAUCCCAUCUUGGUGUGAGUGUGAGGGGACGUUCCUGCUCAACUUGCAGAGGAAGUCAUUUGGUUCAGUGGGCCCUGGGCACAGUACAUACUGCUUUGCAAAAAUUCAUAAUAUAUCCCUCCACACAUCUAGACAUUCUCCUUCCGAUUAAGAGAAACCUAUUUUUGUGAUGUGGCCUAUAUUUUGGAAAAUGCAGUCGGAGUUGCUCAGUUUGUCUCUUGUGCUGCUUUACAAAUUUUGUUUUGGAACUAGGUACUGCAGCCCCAUGUGAAAAUAACAACAUGCUUGUAAUGCCCAACACAAGCAAGUUCCUUUAUAUGAAAAUUCAUACCACAGAGUGCAAAUGUUGCUUUUAUUCUCUUUGGAUUUUGAGCAUUAAGCUAGUUAACACAGCAUUUUGAAAGCUAAGAUCAGAUUCCAUCUUAAUUGAAGCUCUUGGAGGGGGCCAUUCUGCUGAGCUUCCUUUCCAGAGGCCUUUAGGCCCCUUUAAUAAUGCAUGAAGAGACACCAUUUACUUGGGAAGGCAAUCAGAACCAGUAAGUGAGUUUCCUGGCAAUGCUGUUGUACAAAUCAUCAUUUUGAAGGAUAAAUCCAUACAAUACAGAAGCAGAUGAUUCCUUCAUCUGAUAGGUAAAUAAGUUAGUUUAGUAGAGCAUGAUGGGUAGUCAACUAAGGUGUCCCAUCAGGGCAAGGAUUUCUACUUUUGUAACAAGACUCCCCCCCCUCCACUCUGUGCAUGCUCCCUUCCCAAAUUUGUGCCAGAGGAUUAGGGGAACUUCUAGAACAAAAUUAGGGGCACACAGGAGGAUUGGGAGGGGGGAAUGUUUUGUUAUGCAAGUAGAAAUCUUUGCACUAACAGAAUGUUCACUAAACCCAAUGUAAUUUUAAAAAAUCAAAAAAUCUUAACCUGCCUAUGUUUUGCUGUAUCAUAGGUUGGCCUGAGCAGUGAAUCUGGCAAACAGUGAACACAAAAGUUAAUACAAUAUGUCUGCUUUUCUGUACCACGUUAUGUCCCCUUCUGUUGCAAUUCUUUCUAAGAAUAUGUGAUUGAGGAGCUAUACAUGAGACACUGAUAACUAUUCUCCAGAAAAAAAUAUUCCAAACCUUGUUUUAAGUUGAAUUUUCUGAAAAUAGUCCACUAAAGGAACAAUAAUAUAUCAUCUUCCCUUUUGCACAUGCAUACCCCUUUGUUUUAUGUAUGUAUACGUUCUGGCUGUUUGGUUGGAAGAUUAAUCCUGUACCGCAAAUGAAACAUUGAACUUGACAGAACUGGCAGCGUCUAAACCGGCAAUGCUUUUGUUCCACAGGCCCUGAGUUCCGAGCUGGCCCAAGCCAGAGACGACACCAAGAAGACCCAGAACGAUGUCCUUCAUGCGGAGAACGUUAAAGCCGGCCGCGAUAAAUACAAGACUCUUCGACAGAUCCGGCAAGGCAAUACGAAGCAGCGCAUUGAUGAAUUUGAAGCAAUGUGA